AUGAGAUUGCCAUCAAGUAGCUACCAUUUGAAAGGCCUGUCACCUGGAGACUGCUGGUCUCUGUUCAGACAAUGUUCAAAUCUCGAAGCUGCUGCAUCCAACCAGAAUAUCACACAGCUGGAUGAAGUUGGCAUGAAGAUUGCAGCAAAGUUGGAGGGGCUUCCACUCUCUGCCCGGUUACUUGGAUCUGUCUUAUAUUCUAAUGUCAACUUUAAUGACUGGAAGAUGAUCUUGAAUGCUGAUAUUUGGAAGUCUAAACCUCAAGAAUUGCACAGCAUUCCUCCUGCUCUGUGGCUGAGCUAUCAGCGCCUGCCGCCGCAGAUCAAGCAAUGUUUUUCAUACUGUUCUAUUGUCCCUCAGGAUCACAAGUUCAACAAGGAUAAUUUAAUUCAAAUGUGGAUGGCCGAAGGCCUGAUUCAACCUCAACCAGGAAUACGGAUCGAGGAUACCGGGAAUCAGUAUUUCAUUCAUCUCAUACAAAGAUCAUUGUUACAGAGUUCCGAGGGUGAUUACAUGAUGCACAGUUUGGUUCACAGGUUAGCAAUGGCUGUCACUUUGGAUGAAUCACUUUGCUUAUCAGGCACUGAUAAAUCCUGCAACCGACGUGAAAGGGUGCGUUUACGCCAUUUAUCAAUCCAAUCUGAUACUCUAGAGAUGUCAGAAAUUUUGGAUUCGGGCAUGCUCAAUAAACUGCGCACACUUCUCUUUUACCGAACAAUUAGCUCUAGUUUUGAAUAUCAUGCUCUGUUUGCAAAGUUGAAGUGUGUAAGGGUGAUCUGUUUGAGUGACAGAAGAUUAAGCAAUUUGCCUGAAUCAAUUGGAAGCUUGAAACAGCUCAGAUACCUAGAUGUUUCUGAGACUGCUAUUUCCACUGUACCAGAUGAGUUGUGUAGCCUACAAAAUUUGCAGACUCUGAAGUUGAGCAUGUCAUUCUCCAUGGAACCUUUAUCCAAGUGUAUGUCAAAUUUGGUUAAUUUGCGGCAUCUGAAAGGAGAUAGUGAUAACAUCUCAAGAAUUCACAAGCUUGGAAAGCUUGAAUUGUUGCAGGAGCUGGAGGAAUUCACUCUUAUGACUGAAGAUGGACACAGAAUAGAAGAGCUCAAAGAUAUGAAACAUCUCCGAGAGGAUGCAAUUUCUGAAGAAGCUGAUGAUUCAGCUCUUGAAGGUCUUCAACCAGCAGAUGAUGAAAUUUUUCAAGAAGCUGAUGAUUCAGCUCAUGAAGAUCUUCAACUAACAGAGGAUAACAUUUCUGAAGAUACAGUUGAUUCAGUUCUUGACAGUCCUCAACUAGCAGAGGACGACAUUUCUGAACAAUUCCAUGAUUUAGUUCCUGAAGGUCUUCAACCAGCAGAGGAUGAUAUUUUUGAAAAAUCAGAUGAUUCAGUUCUUGAAGGUCUUCAGCCACAUCAAAACCUGAAAGAGCUGAAAAUUUUAGGCUACAGUGGAGCCAAAACUCCGAGCUGGUUGCAAGAUGGAUAUCUCACUAGUCUUGAAGCUUUAGACAUUUUUUACUGCCGAAACAUGGACCUUUCGACUUAUCGAACAACUCCACCACCUUAA